UAGAGUUAAGUAUCCAAGUUUAGAAAAGGCUCUUAGUAUUUGGGUUAACCAAGUAAUAGUAUCAGGGUUAUCAGUUUCAGAAGCUUUAAUUUCUGAAAAGGCUCAUUAUUUUGCAAGAUUAUGGGCCAAUGAUGUGCCACUUGAAUUAUUACCAAAUAUGCAAGUCAAAUUAAGAACUUUAAUUGCAAAGUAUCGACCUAAAGAUGUAUUUAACGCUGAUGAAACAGGGUUAUUUUUUAGGAUAGAACCCAAUCAAAUCUUAUCAUCUGGCCCCGUUACUGAAAAAAAAAAG